AUGGAAGAGCAGAAGGAUCAAAACAAUCGCGUGGAGAGUCGAGAGUCAAGUGACGGGGAGAGCGUUUCUCUCUCGCCCCCCUUUCAGUCUCCUCAAAUACAGCCCCAUGCCGCGGCGCAGCCGCCGCCUCCGCCGCACAGAAACACCAACUUCUUCAUCGACAAUAUCCUGAGGCCGGACUUCGGGUGUAAGAAGGACAGGGAUCGAGCACAGACAUCGGGCAGAGAAAACGUCAAUCCGCUCAGCAGGCCGUCGAACGCCUCGAGUUUGAACCCGAAUUCAGACUGUACUGACAGCUCCUCUCAGCCCUCCAAGCAGUCCCAACCAAAGCAAAACGAAGGCAGUGGAACUAACUCGGCAAAGUACGCGGAAAACACUGGCUCUGCGCUUAUGCUUGUGGGCGCCAAUGCAGAACCUAUAUCUAACACUGAUGGAAUCAAAUCAGCACCAUCUCUAAUGUGGCCUGCCUGGGUUUAUUGCACUAGAUAUUCAGACAGACCCUCUUCUGGUCCCCGCACUCGAAAACUGAAGAAGAAGAAAAGUGAGAAGGAGGAUAAGCGGCCGCGGACAGCGUUCACAGCCGAGCAACUACAGAGACUUAAAGCCGAGUUCCAGACCAAUCGCUAUAUCACCGAGCAGCGGCGGCAAACUUUAGCACAAGAACUCAGUCUGAACGAGUCCCAGAUCAAAAUCUGGUUCCAGAACAAGAGGGCCAAGAUCAAGAAAGCCAGUGGUCUGAAGAACAGCUUGGCUCUCCAUCUAAUGGCCCAGGGACUUUACAAUCAUUCCACCACAACAAUUCAAGACGACAAGGAAGAUAGUGACUGAAGUUGUUCCGUUUUAUUCUAUUGAAAUAAAGGACUGUGACAGGUGCUAUUUAAAUCCGAUCUGCGUGUAUCUAUAUGGACUGAAUUAUAAUUCAAGCAUUUUAAAAUUAUAUAUAACCAAACACAUUAUGGCGUUGUAUAUAUUUAAUUUCAGGUAAGGAGAUGUCUAGCGAUCCCUACUUGACCGAGAUUUUAUUCCUUUCGUUUUCAAUGUUGUCGUU